GUCUAAUGUCCGAUGAACUCGUGUUCACUGCUCCCUGCCUGAGUAUCUAUUGACUAUUGCUUUUCAAGUGCGGUACUUAAACUCAUUGUUUGAACGCGUCCCAAUCACAUAUCAUCCGCUAUGCCGCUUUACAAGCCACCCAAUCCCAGCGCACCUGUCCUUUCGCAGUUCUCGCUGGAAGGCAAGGUUGCCGCCGUCACGGGCGGCGCCAGGGGCAUCGGCCUCGAAAUCGUCCGGGGCCUGGCUGAAGCCGGCGCCGAUGUUGCUCUAAUUUACGCGACCAGCAAGGAUGCCAUUGAAAUCGCCAGUCAGAUUGCCAAGGACACAGAUGUGAGCGUGCGCGCCUAUCAAAGCGACGUUCGGUCUCGGGCCUCAAUCACUGCCACGGUUGACCAGAUUGUUGGAGACUUUGGGCAUCUUGAUGUCAUGGUCGCAAACUCUGGCGUCUGCGCUGAUAUUCCCAGCCUUGAGUACACCGAGGAGACAUGGAAAGACAACAAUAGUGUCAACCUUGAUGGUGUCAUGUGGACGGCGCAGGCUGCAGGGAAGGUCUUCAAGCAACAGGGGCGCGGCAAUCUUAUCAUCACUGCGUCAGUCAGUGCGACACUGGUUAAUAUCCCUCAGCGACAGGCUGCCUAUAACUCUUCAAAGGCCGCCGCCGUACACUUGGCCAAGAGUCUCGCGGUAGAAUGGGUGGACUUCGCACGGGUCAACAGCGUUUCUCCGGGCUUUAUUGAAACGGAGAUGUUGUAUGUUCAACCAAAGGAGCGCUUCGAUAAGUGGAUGGAGAUGAUUCCCGGGAAGCGUAUGGCCGAGACAUCUGAACUCAAAGGCAUUUAUGUUUUCCUGGCAAGUGAUGCAUGCUGCUACAUGACGGGGGCUGAUAUCAUCGUUGAUGGAGGAUACACCCUUACAUAGGGAAAUACCCUGAUUUAUGGAACAUGCUGAACCUUCGAUUUCUUUGCCCUGCCCGGCAGAACCGAUUGGCUCAGAUAGCUUGGUGCUUUUCUCCAGAUAAAACCGCAUUUUCACCAGU